AUGGCCCAAGCAUUUCACAUCGCCUCUUCCGUCCCCGUCAAGGGUCCCAUAAAACCGAGUAAUUGUUGCUCCGACCUGGCUGUGCGCCUCGAAGCCACGACUCUGAUCGAGUCGGCACCGGACGAGGCAGCAUGCGCAGUGAGGUCGGAGCGCAAGAAGGUGAUUGUGGUGGGAGCAGGAAUCUCGGGUCUCCGAGCCGCUGCCGUUCUGCACAAGUACGGUUGCGAAGUCGUCGUCUUGGAGGCCCGCGAUCGCAUCGGAGGAAGAAUUUUGACCAGCCGAAAUGGUGAUCAGGUUCGGGAUAUCGGUGCCGCAUGGAUGCACGAAACCUCCCAGAACGAUCUGGUGAAGCUAAUUCCUCAGCUUUCCAUCCCCUACUACUACGACGACGGAAUGCCGCUAUACUUUACCAGAGAUGGUCGCGCAGGGUCUCAAUUCAAGGCGAAGAAAGUCGCCGACGAGUUUGCUGACUAUUGCGAGUGGUAUUACGAGACCAACCCGGACGCAGAGGACCGUCCGGUCAAUGAGUUUGUCAAGGAAUUUGUCCUUCAGCAUCAGCUCAUCACCGAUGAUGAGCGUCUCUGGGCCCCGCAGGCCGUCCGCGAGGUGGAACUGUGGAUUGGCACCAGCACCGAGCAAGCUUCUUCCCGCCACCUGUCGUACUUCAUCACGGAGCGCAAUCUCUACAUGAAGGGAGGAUACGACCGGAUCGUGAACUGGACUGCGGAGCCCCUCCGCGAAGACCCGACCAUGAUCCGUCUUAACCAUCACGUUGAGCACGUGGAGUGGAGUGAAGACGGUGAUGCCCCUGUCCGCGUUCAAUGCAAGGAUGCCGACGGGACCUCUCAACUCAUCGAAGGAGACGCGGUGGUCAUGACCCUCCCCUUGGGUGUGUACCACCACAACCUGGUCUCCUUCAACCCGCCCCUGCCGAGUGACAUCCAGGGAGCAAUGUCCAGAUUUAGCUACGGCGCCCUGGGCAAAGUAUUUUUUGAAUUUACCGACGUGUUCUGGUCCAAGGAUAACGAUCAGUUCAUGUUCUACCCAUCUCCUUCUGACGAGGACUCUGCUUCUGGAUCCUCCGUCGACUCCAGGUCCAGCAUGAGCUCCAUGGGUGAAAAAGACAACAUCCUCAACUACGCGACCGUGACCAUCAACCUGUGGAUCAUGACCGGCGCGAAGGAGCUAUGCGUGCAAAUCGCCGAGCCCUUGACCCAGCGCAUUGAAGCGAUGACCGAUAAGAAGGAAAUCUACCGGUUCUUUGAACCUCUUUUCAAACUCUUCCGCACAGAGCCGUACAAGGCUCUGCCGCGCCUGGUCAGUGUUGAAACUACACACUGGACCCAGGACCCACUCGCAGGCUACGGCACGUACUCGGCUGAUAAGGUCGGAGAUGACCCGGAAAGCUUUACUGACGCGCUGGAAGCCCACAAGCGCAGUCGUAUGCAGUUUGCUGGCGAGCACUGCACUAUGGUUGCCAAUGGCUGUGUUCACGGCGCUUUCCGUACGGGAGAAGUUGCCGCUACUAAUCUGCUUGAGACUUUUGGUAUUCCACUUGAUGGGCGUGAUAUCGGUGUGAACGACAAGUUGACUGCCUAA